AUGAGGGAUGGAUUCAGAGGCCGGGGCAGGGGCCGCGGUGGCGGAGGCUGGCGGGGCAGCCAGCGCGCAACAAUUGCCGAAUCGCAUGAACAGCAGUGGAAAAGUGGCCUUGGGUUAGUCCCCGGGCAAGAGUCGCGUCACUUUAACCCGCGAGAGGCCCGCGCAAGGCCCGAGAGAGAGGCCGAGCCGCCGCACGGGUCUGUGCCUAUGCAUUCCACAGCGCCGCACAGGCGCCGCCACCAAGGCCAGGGCCUCCGUAAGGAACGCGCAGCCCCGUACGAGGCCCGGGCUGGCCUGCUGCCUCACGGGGUGCCCCCGGGGGCCGCGAGAGUGCCGCCUCUGGGCCUGGGGGGGAGGGUGGGGGCUAUGGAGGUGGUGGACGGGCAGCUGGCUUGUGCAGCGCCGCUGCAGGGCUGCAGCAUGCCUGCUGUCUGCUGCAGCGUCUACGCAGACCAGAUAAUUGACUACUACACUGGCAGAAUUUGCCCCAGGCGCUUCUGUGUAGCUUACAAUGAAGUGUGUAAGCUCGUGCGCUUGCCCGAGGCGCCUGCUGCGCCCCCGCAGCAGCUCCCCCCCGCAGCGCUUCGCGGGGUCGAGGAGAGGGUCCCCGAGGGGGGCCCCCCGGGGGCCCGCUCCAACGGGGCCCUCCCGGGGGCUGCAGCUCUCGAGGCGGAAGAAAUGAGUGAAGUAUCGCAAGUUGAGGAGGGGGAAGUUGAUGAGGAGGGCCCCGCGCUCCAGGCGCUGCAGCAAGCUUCCCUGGGCCAGCUGCAGGGCUUACCUGCGGCUUUCCCGCCGCAGGCUGCUGCUGCUGCUGCUGCUGCUGUGGGCAAGCCGGCGCCCGCGCUGACGGCUGCUGCAGAUCCCGCGCAGCACGUUGCGCAGGGGCCACAACCGGCUUCGCCCCCGUUUCAGCAGCAGCAGCAGCAGCCGCCGGCAGCAGCGCCUAGCACCGUCCGGCGGGACCCCAGGUUGGCCGCGAGGGCGCGGGCUGAAACUAGUGCGCAGCGGCAGCAGCAGCAGCAGCAGCAGGAGGCAGCAGCACAGCCGCUAUCGGCGGAAGCCACCGAGGCGCCGCAGCCGCAGCCUGAGCCGCAGGAGCCCCAAGAGAGCCCCUGCCAGCAGCCGCAGCAGCAGCAGCAGCAGGCGAAGUGGGACCCUAGCGUGCUGCCGCCGCAGCUGCGGCGGCAGCCGCUGCUGUCGGGGAAGCUGCCGCUGCUGCUGGACCUCGACAACACGCUGCUGCAUGCACAAGCCGUGGGAGUGGCUGGCUACAACAUAGCCCUUGAAGACUGGCUCGACGAAGACGGGCUGCCGGAAGUGUACAAGUUCGAAUUGCCCUGCAACAGGAAAGUAUACUACUUGAAGCUGCGGCCGGGACUGCGGCGCUUUCUGAAAGCUCUGGCCCCCGUUUUUGAACUUAGCAUUUACACGAAUGCGACUCAGGAGUACGCGGACCUGGUGGUGGCCAUUCUGGAUCCCGACAGGUCUCUUUUCGGCGACCGCAUUGUUGCGCGGGAGUCGUCGGGGAGAGGAGAACAGACGGAAAACAAAACAGUGCGGUGUCUGUACGGGGACCUGGACCGCCGGUGUGUUGUUGCAUUUGAUGACCGGCAGAACAUUUGGACGGAUCUUCCCGUUUCGCACGUGGUGAAGGCGCAGCACUACGAUUUCUUUGACUCGUCGAGGCCUGAGUUGCUAGCCCACUACCCUCACUUGCCCUUAGAGGAAACAUUAGCCGCAAUAGCUGAGAACCCGAGGCAAAGGGCCACGGCUCUAGACAGGCCUUCACCGGUACCGGCUGCAAUGAAACAUUUGAACAGACCUUAUGACUGGGACAGACACAUGCAGCACAUGAUUAAUAUAUUCCUAAAGGUCCACCAGGAAUUCUUCAAGGAUCCUUGGAACGCCAACGUUGGCACAAUUAUAAGCGGCUUUCAGUCACGCGUGCUAGCCGGUGUUGGCUUGUUCCUGACAGGCUACAGGAAGUCCUUUGCACCCGGCAGUCUGGUAGCUGACUGUGAAGAGAGGCAAGCCGAGCUGGCGCAGCGUUUGGGGGCUACAGUGUACAGACGCUUCGACGAGCCCGGCGUGACCCAUGUGAUGGCAGGAAAGAGCAACACUAAUAACAUGCUGGCACUGAAGGAAAGGUCGUUUCAACACUUGAAGAAGGUGCACACCUUGUGGCUGUUCGCGUGCGAGUCGAUGUGGGCCAAAGCCCCAGAGUCGUGCUUUGAUGCGGAUGCUCUUUGUGCCUUGUACGACAACCAGCCACCCUGUGCACCCUUCAAGGACCACUGGAUGCACUUGGCAGAGUUCGUGCCGCCGCCUGCAGUGGCGCCUGCGCAGCCUCUGCCUCUGCAAGACAGGCUGCCAGUAAGGGAGUUUCUAGGCACAGGCCCGUACAGUGACGGCGCCAGUCUGAUCUCGCCAUUCGAAGAAACCAUAUUUCUCUGGAGGCCAGAGAAGCAGCCCAUUCGGCAGCUGUAUUCCAAGGCCUCCACUCAGCACAGCCCACCGACACUUGCAGCCGGCUCGCCACACCCGCAGCAGCAGCUGCAGCAGCAGCUGCUGCCCCUGCGGCCAGAAGGCCAGAACGUGGGCCAGGGACGAGAAGAAAUGACAGCCCGAAGCGGUCGGCAAGAGGCAGAGGUAAUGCCCUUCUGCAACUUUCAGGUGUAUGCCGUGUGA